UGGUGCAGAGCUCAAAAAUUUUGAAAUCGAGGAGUUCCCAUUUGGCGGCAGCCCGCUCUCCAGAGAAUGUCCAUUUUAAAUUCUCUUGAUUUGAAGAGCAACUAUGGGAGACUUAAGAGCAGGUUUUAGAAAUACUAUAUUCUCACAGCUCUCUUUGGUUCAGACCCCAGUGGACUUUCAAACUGGUCUCUAUUUGAUAGAUCCGAGAAUACAUCAACUAAAUGAAAUACAAGUUGAGCAAAAGCAGCUCAUUCGAAGGAUCAUCUCUUCUAUUCGCAUGUUUCGCAAGCAAAAUGUUACGGCCUCACAAUCUUUUCUCGACCUUUGCAAGAAAAUAGUCGAUUUCAUUUCAUCUAAAGAAACCAAUUCGCAUCAUUGGAAACUUUUUUUGUUGUUCCUGAUCGACGAAGCUCGAUCUGAAUCCUGUCUAUAUGAAUUAUUUCCUCCAGAUCAGUUUGAAGAACUACAUGCACAUAUUAUACAGCUUAGAAGGCCAAACUACUAUGAAAUCGGUCAUUUGCGUCAAAGAGAAAUGGUUCCAUUUAGACAAGAAACAUCAUCAGAGCAUGAAAUGGAAUGUUUGAUAGCAAAACAGAUGUUUGAAAGUUCUACAUACAAGCAGAGAACUCAAUAUUUGUUUCAUCUCCUCAUGACUUAUCCAAAAGACUUCCUACGACUAAUGAAGAGUCGUCUUUUGUUAGAGUCUCUGCAAUACCUCGAGCACUCUCGUGAAACUACAGGCCUUAGUACGAGAGCACAGGAAGAACAACAAUUAGAAAUAUCAUUACUAAACGUUCAGCUACGGAGACUUCCAGUACCAGGCAGACUUUCAAGAAUCAAGACGAAGAUUCAAAGACUCUGCACAAGCAACUUUUUUAUGUUUUUUAUUUCUUGCUUCUGUAUUAUUGCCUUCUACAUGUUGUUGAGACCUUUCAAAGAAUCGAGUAGAGCCGUCGUUUUAAUUCCUGAAGACGAAACUUUGUUUUCGGUGGAAACUCUCAUAUCCAAGGAAACUCAAACUUUCCCUUCUGUUGCAAACCUGAUAGAACAGGGAACAACAAGGAACUACGAAUCUAAGGAAGGAGGUGUCCUUGAUACCAACUCUGUGUCUGUUGAAGAAGAGCUGCAGUCAACAAAAAGUAUAAGCAAAGGAAAUAGAACUAAGAUAGCUAUUUUUCGUUUUGUAUGGAAAUAUAUACAACAAGUGAAGUUACUGAUACCCCUGUCCAUGUCUAUGCUUGCUCUUUACUGGUACAUAUCUCGAGCUGUCGAGCAUAAAAAAAAGUGUGCACACCGCAAUGAACUUGGAAGACAUCGGUGGUUCCUGAGAUCGUCGUGCCCCUAUUGCCAAUCAGAAAGAGCAUCAAGGAGAACUCAAUAGGAAGUAUGGCCUCCUUUGUACCACGAAUAACUUUUGCAACAGUCAAUUAGAACCAACAUUAAUGAAAUUUUGUAAACAGUG